AUGGGUCCUCGCUAUAGAACUGUCGCCGUCAUUGGGACUGGCCCUUCCGGCCUUUCUGCCGUUCGAGCUCUACACCAAGAAAAGAUAUUCGACACCAUUCGCGUGUUUGAGCGAAGAGAUCGUGUCGGAGGAACCUGGAACUAUGAUCCUGUUCCAGACGUAUUCCCUUUUCCUGAGGAUAAUAGUACCAGCCAGAAGGCUAAAGAUAUCCCAGCUCGGUUCCCGCAGUUCACGCCAACUGCCGCGGAAGACACAACCGCCCGAACAGGUAUCUAUGAAGGCUUGGAUAGCAAUGUGGGCGCCAAAGUCAUGGCAUUCACUCACACGCCCCUACCGGAAACAAAUUCUCCUCUGUCAAUCGAACGAUUCGGCAAUUCAAAUCCGACACGGCCCUUUCGCGUGGUAGCGCAGUGGCUUGAGGAUCUGUUCCAUGACUAUCUGCAUCUCGUAUCGUUCAAUACGACAGUCGAGAAGGUCGAAAAAGUCGGUGACAAAUGGACCGUCACCCUUCGACGGACAGGACAGCUCCGUCACGGCCAGCCUCAGGACUAUUGGUGGCAAGAGCACUUCGAUGCCAUUGUUGUCGCCAGUGGUCAUUACAACAUUCCCUUCAUUCCCGACGUGCCUGGACUGAAUGAGGCGUCCAAAGCCCAUCCAACCCGCUUUGAACACUCCAAAUCGUACCGUUCGCAGAAUGACUAUAUCAAUAAGAAAGUUGUUGUGGUUGGAGGCAAUGUCUCGGCGGCUGACAUUGUUUCAGAGAUAUACCAUCUUGUUAAAGGCCCUCUAUAUCUCUCGCAACGCGGGAAGAACGAAGCGCUGCAGGCAGCAUGGGAUCUGCCAAAUGUGGAAGUUAAACCUCAAAUCAAGAAUAUCGAAACCACCCCAACGGGAAUCAAUGUCGAAUUCGCGGACGGAAAUAAAGCCGAUAAUGUCGAUAAAGUCAUUUUUGGGACCGGUUUCCGCGUGUCAUAUCCCUUCCUUACACCCGAUCCUGUCACACCGAACAACCGUCUCGCAGGAUUUUACCAACACAUCUUCAAGGUCGGUGAUCCAUCAUUGGCGAUAGUCGGGCAGGUUCGUGCAGGAAUUAGCUUCCGGGUCUAUGAGUACCAAGCUGUUGCAGUGGCACGAUACUUCGCAGGAAGAGGAAAGCCUCUUCCCAGUCUGCAGGAGCAGGAUUUGUGGGAAGUGGAACGGGUGCAGUACAAAGGUCCUUCCACAAAUUUUCACGAGAUCAAGCCCGACUUCAAGGAAUAUUUUGAUUUUUUGGUGAACCUGGCGGGCCCACCUGCACCCGAAAGUGAUGCAUAUGAGUUACCACCGUGGGACGAUAAAUGGGCAGAGAUAGCGUUUGGUGUCUUGCCGCUGAAAGAAAAGUAUUGGAAGUCGGUUCGUGAAAGGUCAUCGAAGCUAGGACAGCAAAGAGCGAAGCUAUGA